UCUCCAUCGAUCGGUCGCCGCCAUGUCCAGCGUCACCACGGCCGGCAGCGCGGAGGAGCACCCCGUCUCCGUCGAGGAGUUCGUCGGCGCGCACCUCUCCCUCGGGAUCGGCGGCGGCGAAGGGAGUAGCCGGUCGUCGCCGCGGCAGCAGGGGAGGCCGCGGACGGUGCAGCUGUUCGGCGAGGUGCUGUCGCUGCAGGUCGACGACGAGUGCCAUGAUGGAGCGCGUCGACGGGAGCCCGCGGCGGCGGCGGGCAGGAAGAAGAGAGAUCACAGCGGUAGUGGUGCUAGGCAGAACAAGAAGGCCAGGACAUUCCAGGACGGCGGCGACGGCGGCGGCGGUGGCGGGAGGAAGAAGCUCCGGCUCACCGGUGCGCAGGCCGCCAUGCUGGAGGACAGCUUCCGCUCCCACAACAUCCUCUCCCAUGCGGAGAAGCAGGAGCUGGCGCGGCGGGUGGGUCUGAGCGCGCGUCAGGUGGAGGUCUGGUUCCAGAACCGGCGGGCCAGGACAAAGCUGAAACAGACCGAGGUCGACUGCGAGCUGCUCCACCGCUGGUGCGACCGCCUCACCGACGAGAACGCCCGCCUCCGGCGAGACCUCGCCGACCUCCGGGCGUCCGCGACCGCGAGGCUCGCCGUCUGCGCCGCCUGCUGCGACAAGCAGGUCGCCGCCCGCGCCGGCGAGAUGGCGUGACGCCGUGACGGAAUUACGGUAACUUAUGACCCAAGGGGAUCGAGCUCACGGCCUUGCGCAACAGUAUGGAGUCCAAGGCAGGAAUUUUUUCCCCCCCUUUUCUUGUAGAUAGAUAUAAUCAAUUAGACACACGCACAAGAUUAUAUAUCAACUAAUAAUUACGUAAUUACACACCACACGAACUUAAUUCGUUUGAAAGUAGGGUUUAGAGAGGCUCUCAUCACUGACAAAUACAUGUUCGAUGGAACAC